UAUCAAUUACAUUGAUAGAACGCAUCAUACAUACAUACAUACAUACAUAUUUUUGAAUAAUAUUAUGACAGCAAACACACAAAACUCAUUAGAGUUAAAGUCUCCAAAGUCUUUAAAAAAGACACCUAUUCGACAAAAGAAGAAGCCAUUAACACCAAAGCAAAAGCUCAUGAAGGAAAGCGCAGAACAUCGACUCAAGAUCGAAAGGCUUGUAUUUGCUUGGCAAGAAAAACUAUUUUCACAACCAAAAAUACAUGUCUCUAUUUUACAGAGAGCUGCAACUUAUUUACAACCCAAGACGUAUGCAGAGGUAAUUGAAGAACGUGUUGUUCAAGAAUGGUGUGGUUAUCCACUUUGCAAUCAAACACCUAAAACUCUUCAAAAAUACAAGAUUUCCAUCUCCCAACGUAAAGUCUAUGAUCAGUCUGAACUAGCCAAUUAUUGUUCAGAUGCCUGUUUUCAUAAAUCCAAAUAUUAUAACAUGCAAUUAUCUGAGGAACCUGUUUGGUUUCGUGAUUUAAACGUCAUUUCAAAUGCUCAUGUUGUUUCAUUAGAAGAGGAUUUCCAGUUUGCUGUUGAGCAACAAAUGAAAAGACCUCAACCUACCAAGUCGAAUCAAGAGCUUAGAGAUGAAUAUGUACACCAUUUAUUAGGCAAUAUAUCAAAGGAUAUGAAAGAACAGCUUCAGAUUGUUGAGAAGACUCCAGAGGUUUCUUCUGCGAUAAAUAAUCAAUCUGAUGGCGUUUAUGACUCAAUUGAAGGUUAUCGAAUUGAAGUAAAGCAUGAUGGCAAAAAGCCAACUACUUUAAUAUUAAAGAAAAAAGAGGAAAAAAUAAAAAACGAACCGAUCAAAAGGGCAAUGGAACCAGAAAGCAUACCUGAUCCUGAUAAUCCAGACACUUUAUUUGAAACUAUGAUGAUGCUAAAAGACAUGAAUAUGGAUAAAGAAGACAAUCCAUCUGUAGAUUUGUCUGAAAUGGUUGAAAGAAGAACACAAAAAGUAACACAUUCACCUUCUAAAAGACAAGAAGAAGAAGAGAAGACAAGUCUGUCGACUAUACCAGAAAAGAAUCAAAUAGAGAUACAACCAUUAGCAAACGAAACAGAUAAAGAUACAAAUAUUAUCAAAGUAAGAACAACGACAUCACAGAAACCAAAUAAAAUGAUUAAAAAGAAAAAGAAAAGGAUACCUGAAUUAUCCCUGUUUGGUACAAUUUGGACCAUGCUUGAUCACAUGACAACAAGAGCAACACGAGUAUACCUAAAUGAAUUACAAAAUACAAAACAGAGGAUGGAUGUGACAGACUUAUUAAAAGAGGAUAGACUAAUAGAUGAAGCCAUUUUCUUAAGGGGACAAAUAUUUAGUGAACGAAUUUUAGAUACAUAUGGUAUCAUUCGUGCACAGCUUGAUAUUAAAGAAAACUUGGAAGAUGACAUUAUAAAUAUUAUCAAAACAUUUAAAUUUUCUGAUGCAUCUAUGGUAGCCUUAGAUCCUGCACAGUGUUAUAUGAUGGCUUUAGUAUUUAUCAAAUCAUUAGGUGACAUUUUAUUGGAGGACACAGAAUGGAAAAAACAGUUUGAAGAUUGCUGUAAGGCCAUCAAUCAGUCAGCUGAUAUGGUGGAUGCCUGUGUACGUGUAUUGAAAGUUGCUAGUGUAUAAAAAUAAAAUGUACGAAAAAAAAAAAG